AUGUUUUCAUCUCACUCGGCAAAUCAUGUCUCUCGAGAAGCAAAUGAAUGUCAUCAACACAAGCCAGUCAAGCAAGUUCGAAGCCACGACGAUACUCAUGGAAAAAGUAUCAAAAAAGAACAAACAUUAAUCAGACGUAAUCGUUCGACAUCCACCGGUUUUCGUCAAUCCAUCCGAUGUCUAACUUCAUGUGCUCUAGCAAAACGAAAAGCCGGUCGAACAACCAAUUCCGAUGACAAUAGUUCGACAACAAACGACGUAACCGGCAACUUUGACGAAAUUUCCUCACGUUCAUCGAAGACAUUUUUAAUUCCGAAUGAACAUUCUCCCUCACUGGCAUUGAAAAAAUCUUCUCAACAUAUCGAACAGUUAAAAAAAACAGCGAGCGAUGGUGGAUCAACAUCGAUUCCACUUCAUAAACAAUUAGAAAAAAGAAAUAGUAAUCAAUUAUAUUCAACCACAUUCACAGGAAAUUCUCCAUUACCAACACAAUCAAAUCCUAAUGAUAAUGUCUCAAUACUCAAUAUCCGUAAAUUAUCAAACAAAGAGAUUAGUACGAGUCUUGUUAAUCUUAUGGGCACUGCAGCGGAUUCAGUCUCAGUGAAUAAUACGACGCAAAUGGCAAGUAAUCAAGCAAAACAAAUUUCUGCAACGUCUGCUGCUUCAACAGAUCGAUUAGCCUUGUUUGGAUCAACAUCAAACGUCGGAGCGACGAACACAACGGAUUCAAUAUUAUCACAACGAACAGUUAAUACAGGAAACAAUCCUACUGCUAGUACAUCAAAUUCAUAUUCAUGGUGUUAUGAAAGUUCGCCGACAAGUCCGGAGGAAUGUUUAUCUCAAUUAGAAAUCGACAACAAACCAUUGAUAUAUCGUCAGCAAUUCGAAGGAUUUGAACAUUUCAAUUGGUAUGGAAUUAGUGAGACGAAUGGUCCUGUGCUGAUUUCAUAUCGAUAUGCGAAUGAUCAGAAUAAACAAAGAUACAUUCUGACAGUUGUCCGAACUCGACAACGAACAUUUGUAGAAUCUUUGUUCGAUCUACCAUCGUCAUGUUCUUCUUUAGAAAUCCUACGUCGUAUAUGUAAUCAACGUGCUUUGACUGAUAUAGAAUAUUUUGAUCCGAUAUUUUGUGAUGGCGCUCGUGAUCUUCUUUUAAAAUAUGAUGAAUCGCAUGUUUCGAAUAAGCAUAAAUUCGGUGUUGUUUAUCAGCGCGCUAAUCAGUUAACUGAAGAAGAUAUAUUCAGUAAUGAAACUCACAGUCUUUCGAUGAAUAAAUUUCUCGAUCUCAUCGGCACUCACGUUAAACUCAAAGACUUUCAAGGAUUUCGCGGUGGUCUGGAUAAUAAAUCUGAUCAUACAGGAACGGAAUCAAUUUACGAGCGAUUUCAUGAUCAUGAAAUCAUGUUUCAUGUCAGUACAUUAUUACCCCAUUCAAAAAUCGAACGGCAACAACUUGAACGUAAACGACAUAUCGGAAAUGACAUUGUUGCGAUUAUUUUCCAAGAAAACGAAACCGUUUUUAAUCCCGAAUGCAUCGCUUCGCAAUUUUUACAUGUUUAUAUCAUUAUAACACCGUUGGAUCCAGACGGAAAUCAAUUCAAAGUUGCCGUUGUCUAUCGUGAUAGUGUUCCACAGUUUGGGCCUGCUUCGAACUCAACGAAAAUCUUUCAAUGUGAUCAAACAUUCAAACAAUGGUUAUUAACAAAGUUAAUCAAUGCAGAAAUGGCCUCAUAUCGGUCAAGUACUUUUCAAAAAUAUCAAGAACGAACAAAAAUGAAUCUAUUUGACAAUCUCUAUCGGACUUUGCAUGAUAAUAAUCGUCCAUUCAUGGACUUUGUUGUUAACCAUAGUCAAUAUAAACAUGAAUGUGAAAUUGAACAACAACGUGAAGAUUCUAUAGCAAAAAACUAUGAUCGUCACACAGAUAAUUCUAUACUUGGCACGGUUAAACGUCGUCUCAUCGCACCGAAACUACGUGUACAACAUACCAAUUCUCCUACGACUACUACUUACCUCAUAACAUCGUCAGCAACGAAUAAUGCGAAUGAUGCGAAGCCCAAAGUACGUACAUUGGCUGACGAUAUCAAACGAAAUAUACCGAAAGAAUCAAUGGUUUCCAAUGGGAAAGUGGCAUCGAUCUUUUCAUCAUCCAAGAGUUCGAAAACAGAGAAACCGAAUUCAAAUCGUCCAGUGCUUGACUCCGAAAAUUCCGAUUCCUCUUCAAAUUCUCGUUCUAGUAUAAAAUUCAUAUUACCAAGUAUGAAUGAUUUGAAUUCAAAUGGUGAUUCGAAUAGUACUGUAACUUCUAAUAAUUCAUCCAGUGAUGACAUCGAUUCCGAUCAGUAUUCCAUUGAUUAUCUACAAUCUUCAAGCAAAGAUGAUCUGAUUAAAUAUGUUCUGUCAUUACAACAGCAGAAUUCAAUGAAAUUAACUCAAAUUCAUUCUCAAUCGAUUCAGCAAUUGAAAAGCCAAGUGACGAAAAAACAAAAUUCUCUGGACAAAGAGCCACUCUCCUAG